AUGCAUCCAUCUGUACGGGUAAAAAGAGAUGACAGGUCAUUUGUUGAUGCAGCAGUUAUGGGGCGAGCAAACACACAAAAACCCUCAACCCCUCCUCUCUCCAUUGCCUUAAAUCCUGCUGCAAAGACUGCAAACUGGGAGGAUUGCGUUUUAGUCGGUGAAUGUAUCAGUGUGCAACACAUUAAAGAUUUACCCAAUAUUUUUGAACUUGAAGGUAAUCAAAGUGGGAUGGUCUAUUACACGGGGGGUUUGAACGUCUUGAAAAAAUUCAUCACGUCGAAAUACGCGGAGGCUUUCUAUGCAAACGAUUCUAAUUGGAACAGAUGGUUCAAUUGGUUAAAGUGUGGUUUUAAUGAUGAAUCAUCAGUAGAAAGGAUUACAUGGGUCAGAAUCUUUGGUGUUCCCGUCAGAUUCCGAUCAGAAGCAAAUUAUGCUCGCAUCGCCAGUGCAUUUGGCAAACCUCUAGAAACGUUCAGUGGUGAUUGGAAUGUUUUUGAUAUUUCCACAGGUCAGGUUUGUAUCAUCACUGCCUCGAUGACGGCCAUCAUUGAUAAAAUAGAAAUUACACAUGGGAAUAAUUGGUUCGGUGUGGUGGAAUUUGACAAAGACUGGACUCCGUUUGAUAGUGUUUCGGAGGUCUGCACAAGAAACACACCUUCCGAUCUAGAAGAUAUCGACGAAGAUGAAGAUGACUCGACAUGUUUCUUAGAUGAUGAUGAGUCUAACCCUGAGGAUACCGGUAUAUCGGCAACUUGGGAAGUUCCACAAAAGACCCAGGAAGUUUUGGAGGAAGGUGAAAUUGUUGAAGAAUCAACUGUGAACAUGAUGGAACUUCAGCCGCCAGCAUCAUCGCCGGGGAAGAUUUCGGAAUCCAAGAUCGAUGAUUUAAAGGCAGUAGAUGGACCGUCUCUCCAAUUCAAUGUCGUCAACAUUUUCGAGUUGAAUUCGAACAGAGUGGAAACUCCAAUGAGAGAGAGUGGUGUGGACCCAACCCAACUUAUGGAGCCCAACUCAUGCCCAUUACCAGACCGAGAUAGAUGGCUUGAUAAGCCCGAAUCACCUAACCUGACCCAAGCUGAAUUUGAUCCCCCGAUGUUCGAGAGGGGAGUUCAGUAG